ACGGAAGGUUGCUCCGCCCACGGACGGUUGCUCCGCCCACGGAAAGGAAGGCUUCUUUCUCGCGAGAUCCCAAUCCCAGUUCGGGAGCCCGUUCUCGCGGGAUUUUCCAAGGCCGGGUGGGACGUUGCCGGGGUUAGGAGAGCGAGGCCGGAGCCGGAGAAGGUCGGAGGGUCGCCGUGCCCGCCUUCUGUCCUCCACGGGCGGCGGCGGCGGCGGCGGGCCCGGGAGGACUAGGCGGACGCCGCCUUGCCAGCCUCACGCGGCGUCUCCUGGCUCCGGACGUCGCCCUCCUCUUGUCUUCGGGUCCCCUCCGUCGCUACCUUUGCCGGGAUCCCCCUCCCCCCAUCGCCGGGCUUUGGGUUGCCCGAGAGCGAUGCUGGGAGGGCGGCCGGAAGUGGCCGCCAUUGGCCCCUCGCCGUCCUCCGCCGUCUUCCGGGUGUUACGUGCGGCCGGGCUCGGCCCCUCCCCCUGGCCGGAUGGAUCCCUCGGCGCCACGGCCCCGCGCGGAAACCGCCGGCAAAGACAUAUGGCAUCCAGGAGAAAGAUGUCUUGCCCCUUCUCCAGAUGAUAAUGGAAAACUUUGUGAAGCAAGCAUAAAAUCUAUCACAGUGGAUGAAAAUGGCAAAUCAUUUGCAGUCAUCUUAUAUUCAGAUUUUCAAGAAAGGAAAAUACCUCUUAAACAGCUACAAGAAGUAAAAUUUGUUAAAGAUUGCCCCAGGAAUCUGAUAUUUGAUGAUGAAGAUUUGGAAAAACCUUAUUUUCCAAACCGAAAAUUUCCAACGUCUUCUAUUGCUUUUAAAUUAUCUGAUGAUGGAGACUCUAUUCCUUAUACCAUCAAUAGGUAUUUGAGAGACUACCAAAGAGAAGGAGCCCAGUUUCUUUAUGGACACUACAUCCAUGGAAGAGGGUGCAUUCUCGGUGAUGACAUGGGGCUUGGAAAAACAGUACAGGUUAUUUCAUUUCUGGCUGCAGUUUUGCAUAAAAAGGGAACUCGUGAGGAUAUUGAAAAUAACAUGCCAGAGUUUUUACUAAGAAGUAUGAAGAAGGAACCCUCUUCUUCUACAGCAAAAAAGAUGUUCUUAAUAGUUGCUCCUCUUUCUGUCCUCUACAACUGGAAGGAUGAGUUGGACACCUGGGGAUAUUUCAGAGUCACUGUUUUACAUGGAAACAGAAAAGAUAAUGAACUAAUUCGUGUAAAGCAGAGGAAAUGUGAAAUUGCCCUGACAACUUACGAAACGUUGCGCUUAUGCCUAGAUGAACUUAACAGUUUGGAAUGGUCAGCUAUCAUUGUGGAUGAAGCUCAUAGAAUCAAGAAUCCAAAAGCCAGAGUAACAGAAGUUAUGAAAGCUUUGAAAUGUAAUGUCCGCAUUGGCCUCACUGGAACCAUUCUUCAAAACAACAUGAAGGAACUGUGGUGUGUUAUGGACUGGGCUGUGCCAGGUCUUUUAGGGAGCAACUCCUACUUCAAGAAGCAGUUUUCUGACCCAGUAGAACAUGGUCAGAGACACACAGCAACCAAGAGAGAACUAGCCACUGGCCGAAAGGCCAUGCAAAGGCUUGCCAAAAAGAUGUCUGGUUGGUUUCUCAGGCGCACCAAGACUCUUAUCAAGGAUCAGUUGCCUAAGAAGGAAGACCGGAUGGUGUAUUGUUCUUUGACAGAUUUCCAGAAAGCUGUGUAUCAGACAGUGCUGGAAACAGAGGAUGUGACUCUGAUACUUCAAUCUUCUGAGCCUUGUACCUGUAGCAGUGGCCGAAAAAGGAGAAAUUGUUGUUAUAAGACCAAUUCUCAUGGUGAAACAGUGAAAACCUUGUAUCUCAGUUACCUUACAGUCCUUCAGAAGGUAGCUAACCAUGUCGCACUGCUGCAAGCUGCUAGUACCUCCAAACAGCAGGAAACACUUAUCAAAAGGAUAUGUGAUCAGGUAUUUUCCAGAUUUCCAGAUUUUGUGCAGAAAACCAAAGAUGCAGCCUUUGAAACACUUUCUGACCCUAAAUACAGUGGAAAAAUGAAAGUCCUUCAACAGCUUUUAAAUCAUUGCAGGAAAAACAGAGAUAAAGUUCUUCUCUUUUCUUUUUCCACCAAGUUGCUUGACGUGCUACAGCAGUACUGUAUGGCGUCUGGGCUUGACUACCGGCGGCUUGAUGGAAGUACAAAAUCAGAGGAAAGACUCAAGAUUGUGAAAGAGUUCAACAGUACACAAGAUGUGAACGUCUGCCUUGUCUCUACAAUGGCUGGUGGACUAGGCCUCAAUUUUGUUGGUGCCAAUGUUGUUGUAUUAUUUGAUCCUACUUGGAAUCCAGCCAAUGAUCUUCAAGCCAUAGACAGAGCAUAUAGGAUUGGACAAUGUAGAGAUGUGAAAGUGCUUAGGCUGAUCUCCUUGGGAACUGUGGAGGAAAUCAUGUAUUUACGACAGGUAUACAAGCAGCAACUUCACUGUGUGGUGGUUGGAAGUGAAAAUGCCAAACGAUAUUUUGAAGCAGUUCAAGGAUCAAAAGAGCAUCAAGGAGAGCUAUUUGGGACCCAUAACCUCUUCAGACUCAGGUCCCAAGGCUCUUGUCUCACAAGGGACGUCCUGGAGAGAGAAGGCCAAGUGGAAGCAGGGAUCAUGACAGCCACAACGUGGUUGAAAGAGCGAUCUCCAGCACACAAACCAGAAACGCCUACAGAGCCUGACUGUCAGGAUCGCAGAGGUCCAGAACAAGCUGCAGAGCCACUGGCAAAGGAAGCGUGUGGUUUCUGCAGCGACUUCAGUGAUGAAGAUCCAGUGGGAGCUGCAGGAAUGCAGACGGCCAAAAACAAAGCACCCGAUUCAAGUAAAGCUUCCACCUCUCCAGGACAGCUUACUUUACUCCAGUGUGGUUUCUCGAAAUUGUUUGAGACAAAAUGUAAAGCAGUUGAGGAUAGUGAUGGAAAUACUGCCUCUGAUGAUGAAAGUUCUGAUGAGCAGCCCAUAUGCCUUUCAACAGAGGCCAAAGUUGCUGACUGUGGGAAAAAUCAGGACUCUCUUGGUACUUCAAAACAUCAGAAAUUAGAUAUCCUAAAUCCAAAAGAAAAGUAUAUUUUUUAUAAAAAUGAGAAAAUUUUAGAACAGAAUAUUUCUUCUAAAUCUGAUGAUGAGAAAACAUUUAAAAAUACAGAUAAACAUUGCAUUUUACAGACUGUCUCAGAAUCAGAAGAUAGUGAUGUCAUCUGUCCUACACAAUAUACAACUGAGAGAUUUCCCAACAAUAGUAUAAGGUUUAAGCAACCCUUGGAGGGAUCUGAGGAUUCUGAAACAGAACGCUCUGUAAAAACAAGAAAUGAUGAUGGUCGAAAGACUGAUGACAGAAGAGAUGGAAUAAUUUCAAAAAAGUUAAGUCCUGAGAACACAACCCUGAAAUCUAUUGUGAAAAGAAAAGUCACUAGUGAUAUUAGUGAUGAAUCUGAUGACAUUGAGAUUUCUUCCAAGUCAAAAGUAAGAAAGAGAGUUACUAGUUCAUUGAGGUUUAGGAGAAGAAAGGAAACCAGGAAAGAACUUCACAGGUUUCCUAAAACAAUCAACAAAACAAAGCAACUAUGUGCAACGGAUGAGGAUCAUAACUCUCAAUUUAUUGAUGAUUAUUCAUCCUCAGAUGAGAGUUUAUCCGUCAGCCACUUCAAUUUCUCUAAACAGAGCCACAGACCAAGAACUAUAAAAGAUCGAACCAGUUUUUCUUCAAAAUUGCCUAGCCAAAAUAAGAAAAAUAGCACUGUGAUGCCAAGAAAACCAGUGAAAUGUUCAAAUGAGAAAGUUGUCAAUCAAGAGCAGUCAUAUGAAUCAAUGGAUAAAUUUUUAGAUGGUGUUCGGGAAGUGGCUUAUAUUCACUCAAACCAGAAUGUGAUUGGAUCGAGCAAAGCCGAAAAUCACAUGAGCCGAUGGGCAGCACAUGAUGUAUUUGAGUUGAAGCAGUUUUCCCAGCUGCCUGCUAACAUAGCUGUUUGCACUUCUAAGACAUAUAAAGAAAAAGUGGAUGCAGAUACAUUGCCACACACAAAGAAAGGCCAGCAACCAAGUGAAGGCAGCAUUUCACUUCCUCUUUAUAUUUCACACCCUGUAAGCCAGAAGAAGAAAAAAGUCUACCGUACACACCAGACCAUCUUCAUAAUUGGAGAAACACCAAAAGGAAUCCGCAGAAAACAAUUUGAAGAAAUGGCCUCUCACUUUAACUCGUCUUCUGUAAAUGAAUUUGCUAAACGUAUAACCAGUGCCACAUCAGAAGAACGACAGAAAAUGCUAAGGGACUUUUAUGCUUCUCAGUAUCCGGAGGUAAAAGAACUGUUUGUGGAUUCUGCAUCAGAAUUCAACAAUUCUGCCUUUGAGAAAGGAGAGCGCAUCAGAAAGAAAUCUGAAAAAAGAAAACCUCUCGUGAAAGCAAGGCUGUCAGAUUCUGAAACCUUGUCGUUUAAAGAUUCUACCAACAAAAUUUCUCAAAUUGGCUGCCCAAAAACAUAUAAAGGAAAGUCAAUUAAGUUUCAAAAUUGUCAUUCUUGUAGAGAAGAGGUAUUUUCUAAUGAUGCAGAAACUAAGAAAUCACCUGUUAGUUCUACUCGAGAGAUUGACAGUGCGAAAAACAGCCAAGCAUCUGAAGGUGCUGCAACAUCCCGUUCUCUGAACAGUGAGUCUGAAGCACGUGAGAGAAGGUUUGAAAAUACCGUGAAAGACCCACAGGACCUCACGAGAAUGGGCGUUUCAAGAAAAGAACCCCUUCUCAAAUUGGAAAACAAAAAGAUAGAAAAUCCUGUGCUGGAAAAGACUUCUGUGAGCAGCUUACUUGGUGAUACCUCUAUUCUUGAUGACCUUUUUAAAAGUCACGGCAACAGUCCCACGCAACCACCAAAGAAAGUUCUUUCAAGGCCCAUGGAAAAAGCAAAACAGAGACCAAAAGAUUUCUGGGACAUCUUGAAUGAGCAGAAUGACGAGAGUCUUUGUAAACUCACAGACCUGGCAGUAAUAGAGACUCUGUGUGAAAAAGCACCUCUAGCAGCACCCUCCACAAGGAGAGAAGAGCCAGCAACUUCUCUUUGGAAAUCAAAUGAGAAAUUUUUAUGGAAGAAGUUUAACUCAAGUGAUACAGAUGAAAACACAACCAGUACACAGAGUACUAUAUAAGCAUAUAGGUGAAUUACCGUACCAGUGAAUGGCUGCCGUCACUGUCUGUGGCACUGUAUUCCACACUAAUUAUCUUCAACACAGUCAUUGACAUAUAUUUUUAUUAAAUUCUUGCUUUAGGAUUUUUUAAAGUCUGAAGUAUUAUCAUGGAUUUGUUUUGCUUGAUAUUUGAUUUGAUCUUUCAAGAAUAUAAUUAUAUUUAUAGUGUAAACCUCUGCUAUGAAAUGGAAAAGAUUCUAGGUUUGUUAGUAAGAGACCUGGGGCAUCUUUCUUGUUGUGUUACAUAAUGAUGUGACACUUGCCCUGGUGAGCAUUGUUUCUCAGUAUGAAAGAUGAAGGGUCUGAAUCAAAUCAGUGUGAGUGCCCUUCCAGUUUAAAAAAGCUUUGCUCCGCUCUCCCAGUGACUCACUGGCUGAAUCAUGUCCACCCUCAAAUCCGGUGUACACUGAUGUGUUUUUUUACUAGCACUUGGGAAAGUUAUUAGGUAUUUUCUUUUUCCCUGGAUAUCAUAUUCUAUUAUUUUAGAAAAAAGUCAUAACUAGUACUAAAUAUAUGAUAUAUAUUGUAUAUAUGGUCUUAAAAUAGUGAUUUUGCAACAGCUCAGAAUUUAAAGGUUAAUGUUAAAACAUUUUACUGUAUGAGAUGUGAUUACUACCUUUAGCCACAGACACCAGUGCCUCAACUUUUUAUAUACCUAUUGUGAUUUAAUCAAUAUAAAUAAGGGUUUAUAUAGUACUUUUGUAGUUCUUAAGUAUGAAGAAAUGAGUAUACUUUGUAUUUUGUUAGAAACUGUUACAUUUUGAAUUUAAUUUAUAUGGUUUAUAACAAAAUGAAUGUGCUCACUGUUGAGUAUUCAGAAGCUUUCACUCAGCCCCUGUAUUCUGUGCUAGGAGCUUGAUGUACAUGUCAGGCCUGUACAUCAGGUCAUCAGUGGUUAGACCAUUCCUACAGGUGAAUGAAAGGAAAUCAUGUCAGUGAAAAAUCACGGCAGAAAGCCCCUGGCGUCAUGCGUGCACGCUGUAGGCAGACCUGAGCUGCCUCUGCUACAGGUUCAGAUGCACCGCUGCAGCAGUCCGUCAGGUAUCUCACAGGGCCGCGAGUGAAGGAUGCAUCCCUCCGGAAAACGGCCUGAGCCGGGAACUGGCUGUGCUACAGAGCACUACUACCGAAUUGAGAGAGGGCUUCCGUGUACCAAGAUGUGGAGUCAUUGCUCAGAAGUGGAAAAAAAAAAAAAAAAAAAAAGUCUUCCCAAGGGACUGAUUGGCCGAGUAUGCUUUUCUUUAAAGCAAUGUUUUGCCCUAGAGAACUGUAAAAUGCAUUUUAUAUCAUGACUCAGUACAUGUGUUCAUACAUAUAUAUAUGAUUGAAAUAAAAUGUUUAUGAAAUAUUUACU